ACAAAAAGUGACACAAGUAUAAAUAAAUGCAGAAGUGGGGGCAGGUUGGAUAGAAUGAAUGUUAUACACAUGUACUCACAGUUUGAUGAGCCCAGUUCCAAAACAGUAACAGAGACCAGUCAACAGAAUAAGGAAACAAGGGAGUUUGUUAUCAAUUGCCUGAAAGUUGGAGUCUGCCAUCUUAACUUUCUCUGUACAUAGACGAUCUUUGGUUCACUGUACACCUGAAACGUCACCUGAUACCCCGGCAACCAGCAGGUGACAGGAGCGACUGCAGGAAAAAUACUCUAUGGCAUUUUCCAUGGCAACUCGGACGCAUAAGCUUGCUCAACCCAAAGCCAACCGACUCAGUUAUCCGGACCGUCGUUCUGUUUACUGGCUGGAUGAGCUGCCACCUGAGAGGACUGGACCCCACACCAAGAUACACUUAACCCCUCGCUGGUCGGAACUAUGUAGAAGUAAAAAGCUCCACACUCAAGUCACACUUUCUCCCAUAUGGGAGGUGAGUGAAUGGGCUCUCAGGGCUGUUCCAUCCAAGCGACUGUGUAGCCUGGCUCAGCCUAGGGCCCCUGCAGCUGGCUGGGAGCCGGAGCGUCCUCUGCUGGUUCCUUUAAACAGAGCGACGCAGACGGCGGUCGCCACUGCUCGGGUUUCCCAGCUCGCCCAGCCAAAGCGACGGCAGGCUCAGGAGAACUCAGGCCACAAAUCAAAACCUGUGUCCAUGACCCACCUGCCCUGCAGAGCGUCGGCACACACAGAGCUGCUUUCCACCCCUAAGCACGAACACCCCGGGUUCGCAGGGGGGCGUUCGGUGUGCUGGCCCAUCUCCAGAGCGGCGAGAAGCUACGUAGCCGGCGAGAGACUUCUCGAGCUGUCCGUUCCUAAAGCGAGGAAGGCUUUAUUCGAGGGAUACGACCCAUACAUCGUUAGUCGGGCGGCUCGCUCCGCCAGCCCCUCGCCACGCAUACAGGAACUCUCGUUGCCUCUGCCUCGAAAAUGUAGCUCAAAGUAGUCAUGGUUAGAUAAUGACAUAAAACAAACAGCUAUGAGACUAAUCUGAUCCGGUUCUCACCCUGAAUCUACAUCCUCCAUUUCUGUUAUUGUAAUGAAGCAGACGGCCAACGAGUCAGCUCCACAGUGAGAUGUUGAAAUAUGAAUGAGACGGAAAGGAAAGGAAAAUGAAACAAGGGGGAAAAGACAAUAAACCAGGAUGUGACAUUUUGUGUGUGUGUAACUGUGUGCAGUGCUCAGAGUGGAAGUUAAGGCCAGGAAAUCAUCCGGCUCCGGUUGGGUUUGGACGGGUUUAGGUCGGACUCAAAUGUUUAUUUAUAUGUACUCUACUAAUGUGCAUGAUGAUGUGUGGAUGAGCUUGUCUUUCUCUUUUUUUCAUUCUGAAUUUGUCACUGGGUGUCCUGAAAAGAAAAAUGGGUGAAUCAGAGUAAUUGUGAAGGAUAAUCCAAAACACAAUAUUGAGAUUUGUGAAUCCAUUGCAAUAACAGUAUUAAAAAAAUCUGCUGUGUC